AUGAGCCAGUGGAGCGCAGAAUCCGAGGUUUUGGUGUUUGUUGAGCAGAAAAUCGAAAAAUCUGCCGGAUUUUUGGAGAAAUUCGAGAAGAAAACUGUUUUGACACCAACAGAAUUGGCUAAUGGUGAGGGAUUUUUGAUAAUUUUGAAUUCCUGGAGAAUUUACGUUUCAAAAAAUAUUGAAAUUUUUAUAUUUAUUCAAUUUUUAAUGUUUUUUUUCUCGCUGUAAGUGUAAUUUUUACAAGUUUUUUUUUGAAGGAAAAUUCAUUUGAAAAAAAAAAAAUAAUAAUUUUGGAAUGCAGCUCUUAGGACGCAAAAAAGCCAUUAUAUAGGGAACAUUUUUUUCAACUUCAGAUUUAUUUAAAAAAUUUUAAUUGAAAUCGGGAAUAUCGAUAAAAUGUCUAUAAUUUCUUUUACUUUCAUAGUUGUUUUUGCAGCUCCUCAACAAUCUCAUCAAAUUGUCAUCGAAGCGUCCAACAAUCAAAUUCUAGAACAAUUGACAACAAAAGCAUUCGAAAUUUCAGCCGCUGACGCUGAAAUUCUUGUAUUUUUCGAUGAUUUAUCAGUUGCUCAAAGAAAAUUGCGAAUUGCUGGAUUUUCAAUCACCGGAACACCCCAAAAUUCGCCAAUUUUGGCGAAAAAAACAAUUUCAAGCGGCUCAAAAGUUGCAUUGAAAUUGCCUGAAGUUGUUGCCGAUGAUGAAAUUGUUGAUGAAGAUGGAUUAUUGGAAGAGGAUGAUUUCAAAAAACCGACUGGAGAACAAUUAAGUGCUGGAUGUGCUCCGGAAGAAGGAAAAAAGAAAAGAGCGUGUAAAAAUUGUACAUGUGGAUUGGCUGAAGAAGAAGAAAAGGAAAAAAUGGAUCAAAUCAAACAAGCGCCCAAAAGUAGUUGUGGAAAUGUGAGUUUUUUGAAUUUUUCAUAGAAAUAUUAGUGGAAAAUCGAACUUUCAAACUUCAAUUUUGGUUAUUAACAUAAAUCAAUUUUUCAAAAAAUGCACUGUUUCAAAAUAAUUGAAUAUAGAAAAUGGUUUUAAAGUUUUUUUUUGUCAAAAUCCAAUCUAAAAAGGAAAUAAUAAUUCAAACUAAAUAAUGUUUCCAAUGUUGCGAAAAAAUGCGUAAUCACAAAUUUUGCAAAAAUAAAAUUACCAGAACAAUUUUAGUCAUGAUAAAUUCAAUUUUGAAAAUAAUGAAAUGCUUAUUUUUACCCUAACGAAUUAAUUUUUUCACUGUUUCAAAAUUAUUUUAUAUUGAAUAUUCUCUAGUCUUUUUUGAUAAUCGUUCUUGACGAGUUAACAUUAAAUUACAGCAACAAAACAUGAAAACGCACCUCCGAUAAUUUCAUUUCUGUUUGAAAAUAUCAACAAAAAAAAUCCAGAAUUUUGAUUUUUUUGAAAAUUUAAUUCAGAAAAAUCUCAAUAUUUCAAUAAAGUUUUUGGGGCGUCCAAAAAUCAAAAAAUGAAAUUUUCACACUUGUCCAAUUUGUGUUUUUGCCUGUCCAAUUUUGAUAAAAAUAUGAUCUACUUGUAUAAAAAAAAUUCAGUUUGAACAGAAAUUGGACAGGUGUGAAAUUUUCAUUUUUUGAUUUUUGGACGCCCCAUUUAGGAUUUUUCAAAUUGUUGAGCCUUAUCCAAACCCAAACAAACCCAAACAUCUGAAAAUUCUGUUUACAAGCUUCAAAGAAAAUCUAAAAUUUCACGUCAUCAAAAUUGUCUCAAAAAUCCACUUCAUCUAUUUUUCAGUGUGCUCUCGGAGAUGCUUUUCGAUGUGCUUCUUGUCCAUAUCUUGGUCAACCUCCUUUCAAACCAGGAGAAACUGUCAAACUUGCAAAUGUCGUUGAUUUCUAA